AUGCCCUCCACAGCCGCCUCUGUCGCAACCGUGCUGCUCGCUCACGUCGCUGCCGCCGCCGCUGCCGCCGCCGGCACCAAGGUCUGGGCGACGCCGCACGACAGCUACUCGUCGUCCAUCGGCGUCCUUGGCUGCAAAGUCAACACGGACCGCGUCGCCUACUGGCCCGAGACAGUCACCUGCGACAACAUCUGCGUGUCACUGAGCUACGGGGGCCGCCAGCUGUACCUGCUGCGCAUCGACCAGUCAGGCGGCGCGCACGAUGUCAGCUACGAUGCCUGGAACUACCUGUACACCGGCGAGUCGGCCACCAAGGCGCCCGUCGCGGGCGGCGGCGUCGAGAUGACAGCCCAGGCGGCCGACCCGGCCCGAUGCCGCGACCUCAUCCGCACCAAGGGCGGCGCGCUGCCGCUCAGCGCCGCCAACAGCAUGAACUACCUGGCGGACUGCCUAGGCCGCGCCGACAGCUGGGUCGCCCGCAACUACGCCCUCUACAACGUGCUCGACCCCAUCUGCACCCUCGGCCGCGACGAGCGGUGCUCGCUCGACUGGCCCGCGCAGAACCAGGCCACCUGCCCGCACCAGCUCGGCCUGCCCGACGUACUCAAGGGGGCGCCGGUCUACAACGUUCGCUACCCCAGCGGCGAAAGAGUCCUCGCGACCGCACCCGGGGCCCCCAGCACGGGAGCCGCCGACGACAAGGAGAAUGCAGCCGCCACGGUACCAGUCGCGGGCUCCCUACUGACUCUUGUCGGCGCUGCCAUUAUGCUUGCAAUGCGCUAA